ACAAGUCGAGACUACAAAUCUUUGAUUAAAAAAAAAUGGCCCGUACCAAGCAAACUGCCCGUAAAUCCACUGGAGGAAAAGCUCCCCGCAAACAAUUGGCAACCAAGGCUGCCCGCAAAAGCGCACCAGCCACCGGUGGAGUCAAGAAGCCUCAUCGUUAUCGCCCCGGUACCGUCGCUCUUCGUGAGAUCCGUCGUUACCAAAAAUCGACUGAGCUCUUGAUCCGCAAAUUGCCUUUCCAACGUUUAGUCCGUGAGAUCGCUCAAGAUUUCAAGACUGACUUGCGUUUCCAAAGCUCUGCCGUCUUGGCUCUCCAAGAAGCUAGCGAAGCCUACUUGGUUGGUUUGUUCGAAGACACCAACUUGUGCGCUAUCCAUGCCAAACGUGUCACCAUCAUGCCAAAGGACAUCCAAUUGGCUCGUCGUAUCCGUGGAGAACGUGCUAAAAAAAUGGCCCGUACCAAGCAAACUGCCCGUAAAUCCACUGGAGGAAAAGCUCCCCGCAAACAAUUGGCAACCAAGGCUGCCCGCAAAAGCGCACCAGCCACCGGUGGAGUCAAGAAGCCUCAUCGUUAUCGCCCCGGUACCGUCGCUCUUCGUGAGAUCCGUCGUUACCAAAAAUCGACUGAGCUCUUGAUCCGCAAAUUGCCUUUCCAACGUUUAGUCCGUGAGAUCGCUCAAGAUUUCAAGACUGACUUGCGUUUCCAAAGCUCUGCCGUCUUGGCUCUCCAAGAAGCUAGCGAAGCCUACUUGGUUGGUUUGUUCGAAGACACCAACUUGUGCGCUAUCCAUGCCAAACGUGUCACCAUCAUGCCAAAGGACAUCCAAUUGGCUCGUCGUAUCCGUGGAGAACGUGCUUAAAUUACAUCGAUCUUGACAACAAACUUUGCAAACGGUCCUU